AUGAGUACCGGAGAGAUGAUGUCGUGGUGGGUGAGCGCCAGUGCGUUAUACGUGAUGCUGGCUGUCAUCUUGUUCUCACUUCUCAACUACUUCAAGGGGGAUUGCUUGUGCAGAUGGCUCUCCGCGCUCCAGCAGUUCAGCUCGACGAAGCCAGCCGUGAAGUUGGAGGAGGUCAAGAAGCAGUUGUUUGUCGGCCUCGGGAGAGAGAGGUCGCACGAUCCUCUGCUCCGCGAGAGAGGCGCCAUCAGGAUACUGGAGAUCGGCGUCGGAACAGGCGUUGGUUCUAACUUCACCUACUACCCUCCCGACUCGCGCCUGGUGGUGGUGGACCCCAACCCGAACUUCGCCAGGUAUUACCACGCCCACAAGGAGAGUUCAGCCACAUUCGCUGCGAAAGGUGAGCGCAUGGACAUGGUACCUGACAACAGCGUGGACGCGGUGGUGAUGACGCUAGUUCUGUGCACCAUCGACGACCCGGGUAGAAUCCUGCAACAGAUUAUCCGUGUCCUGUGCCGGUGGCUGGGACCUUUGGGCGGGAAAUUCUACUUCUUCGAGCACAUCCGGGAAUUCGACGGCGAGAGACACCGCCUGCGACAGAAACUCCAGGACCUCCUGACGACGACCGGUAUAGCCCCCUACUUCCUCGAGGGCUGCUGCCUCAACAAGGACAUGCUGCCUGCCAUAGGAGCCGCGGGGUUCUCCAAAGUGAGCGCGGAGAGGUUUUACGCCCCCAUCGACAACUUCGUCUACCAGCUGGUCAAGCCCUGCCUUCGGGGAGUCGCGGAAAAGUAG